CCCUUCCUUUCCUUUCCUUUCCUUUCCUUUCCUCUCCUCUCCUCUCCUCUCCUCUCCUCUCCUUCCUCAUUCUCUCUUACCUAUAGUACCUAGGUAGGUAGGCACCCUACCCUCUCUUACCUCCAACGCAAGGACGGACGGAGAUGGACGGUGGACGGUGGACGGCGGACGCACCUGCCGUGUGGACGCAAACGAGGUCAAAAAGGUGUGGGUUCUGGGUUUGGCUGUGGAAGGAAGGAGGGGGAGGGGUCCGAGACUUGCUUGCCCCACCCACCUCACUUCAGGAAGCUGCAUUGCAGAUGUUUCAGCUGAUGUCCACUCCUCUUGUCAUUGGAGACGGGAAUGGAACGUUGGGCCAAGAGACUCAGGAACAUCUCCAACGGCCCCCCCAGCUCCCGGCGCGGUCUUUCAUCCGUCCCCCCUGCGCUGUCUGUCUCUCGUCUUGCUCAAAACUCGUGCCACUUGCAGCGGAUAACCUUAGCAUCUGGCCGCCGGACACUGGACGAAAGGGGAAGAGAGAAAACCCAAUCUGCGAGGUCCGCGAGACGGAGGCAAACCCCACCACGCCCACCGCAUCUGGAUUCUGGAGUCUGGAUUCUCAGAGGUGGACCGUCAAGAGACAGGACCAAAUCCGACGACUAAAGUACAUGUACACGAGUACACUACCUAUCCAAGACGAAGACGAAGACGGGGUAUCCAAGUCAUAACUGACUGUCCCUCGAUGCAUGCGGCGAUGCGGCGAUGCGGCAAUGCGAGACCGUCGGGAACACGCCACUGGCUGACUGACUGACUGACUGACUACCUACCUACCUACCUACCCACCUGGCUUGACGCUCAAGCUUCGUGCUGUGUUUGACACGAGAAAAGGUCCUUUCGCCGCGUCCCGCUGCUUAUUGCCCGCUGCUGCAGCAGAGUGUCAUCGCAUCGCCCAGUAUUCGGCUUCGGCAAUUUGCAGAUGCACGCUAGCCAGCUGUUCGCUGACUUGCGGGAGAUCGCUCCAACCAGCCAACGACUAGGUAGAUUGGCCCUCGCGCCGGUUUGUUCUGAC